UGUCAACGAAGAAGAAGACGAACAGGCUGAAUUCCGCCAUGCAUUUCAUGGCUUACAUUAUUUUUUUACAGUCUGUGGGCUUACACGGAUUGUACACCCAUCUGGGAUUCUUCGCCUCCGAGAAUGACAUUAUAUCCAGUUCAACAAACGAGUAAUAAAUAAGUAACUGAUUCCCCAACGAAUCGGGGAGCUGCACUUCUGCACACUUUUGAGCAGCAGUAUGAUGCAGGCAGGAGUCUGUCUGAGACAGGACACUGAGACAACACUACCAGAGCUCACAGAGCAGCACAGGAUCAGACAGAAAGAAGAGGAACUCAGUGGACUGGAGUGUGUCCACAUGGCAGAGUCAGAGACAGAGUGUGCUGCACCAGGACUCAACACACUGGAGCCAGAGUGUGUUACAGCGCACAGUGGGGUCAGUGAUGUACGUCACACACACUCAUCACUUAUUAAAACAGAAACUCAUCUGGACUCUCCCCAAACUGGGGAUCUUAUUAAGACUGAGAGCCUAGACAGUGCAGAGCUGCGAUGUAUAAGCCAUAUGCAUUCUGACCAAACCAAAACAGAGUCUGUUGAUGGUGGAUAUGUUAAGGUAGAACACAUCAGUGAAUUACAGGAUAUUAAAUAUGUUAAUAUUAAAUCAGAUCCAAUCAAGUAUGAAUCCAGUGAAUGUUUGGUGAGUGAUGUCAUGAAUACUGUGAUGAAUGGAGCUGCUGUUGGUCACAAAGACCAGACUGAAUCAGGGCAAUGUGCAGGAGAGCCAAACCGAAACUGUAGAAAUGAAUGUAACUGUGACAUAACCAAUGAGAAUACUCAGCACAGAUUUGUCCUGCAGAACAGUAUAAACAGUAGGAAAAAACGUAUUGAUCGUAAGAAGACAAGCCACAGAAAUCAAAGAAAAAUUAAUAUUGGUGAAAAGCGUUACAGGUGUACACGGUGUGAGAAGUAUUUUUCACAGAAAAGUACUUUAAAUUCGCACAUGAGGAUUCAUACAGGUGAAAAGCCCUACAAAUGUACUGAGUGUGAAAAGUGUUUUUCGCAAAAAAGUUCUUUAAAUUCCCACAAGAGGAUUCAUUCAGGUGAAAAACCCUUCAAAUGUACUGAGUGUGAAAAGUGUUUUUCACAAAAAAGUAUUUUAUAUUCCCAUAAGAGGAUUCAUACAGGUGAAAAACCCUACAAAUGUACUGAGUGUGGGAAGAGUUUUCCCAGAAUAUUUAAUUUAAAUCGCCACCAGAGUAUUCAUACAGCACCCAUGAUAAUUAAAUCAAGCAAAAACCCAAACCUAUUAAAUUUAUUUCAAAAGAAGACAAUUGGCAGAAGUAAAAGUAAAAUUAAUACAGGUGAAAAGCCACACAGGUGUACACAGUGUGUGAAGAGUUUUUCAUGGAAAUGUUUAUUGAAUAACCACAUGAGGAUUCAUACAGGUGAAAAACCCUACAAAUGUACCGAGUGUGAAAAGUGUUUUUCACAGAAAAGUUCUUUAAAUUCCCACAAGAGGAUUCAUUCAGGUGAAAAACCCUACACAUGUUCUGAGUGUGGGAUGUGUUUUUUCCAAAUUACUGUUCUAAAUGACCACAAGAUGAUUCAUUCAGGUCAAAAACCAUACAAAUGUACUCAUUGUGGGAAGUGUUUUACACAGAAAAAAGCUUUAAAUCGGCACAAGAUUAUUCAUACAGGUGAAAAGCCAUACAGGUGUACACAGUGUGAGAAGUGUUUUUCACAGAGAAGUAACUUAAAUAUCCACAUGAGGAUUCAUACAGGUGAAAAACCCUACAUAUGUACUGAGUGUGGCAUGAGUUUUUCCAGAAUAUUUAAUUUAAAUCGCCACCAGAGUAUUCAUACAGCAUCCAUGAUAAUUAAUUCAAGCAAAAACCUAAACCUAAUUUCUUUCAAAUGAAGACAAUUCGCAGAAGUAAAAGUGAAAUUAAUACAAGUGAAAAGCCACACAGGUGUACACAGUGUGUGAAGUGUUUUUCAUGGAAGUGUUUAUUAAAUAAUCACACAAGGAUUCAUACAGGUGAAAAACCCUAUGAAUGUACUUGGUGUUUUUUUCCAAACAAGUGCAUUAAAUAGCCACAAGAUGAUCCAUACAGUAGAAAAGCCCUUCAAAAAUACUCAGUUUAAGUAGUGCUUUAAUGCAAAAUGUGAGUCAAUUAGCCAUCAGAUUAGAUUAGAUGAUAUUCAUAAUUUAGGCAGAAAUAAGUUGCCACAAAUGCUAUUAUCUUGGUGAAAAAUGUGUUCUUCAGUGCGAAAUGAAAGACUGCACUGUGAGAUUACGUAUAUAGUGAGUAAACCUAUACAUGUCCUGGAUCAUAAACUACUAGAUCAUAUGUAUGCAAAAUCUGUGGGUGAUAUGCAGAAUUACUAAAGAUCUAUGAUGCACUUUUAAGCAACAUACCCUGGUGUCCCUUAGUGUUUCCAAAUCUCUCCAAAAUAUUUAAAUUGUACAUUGCAGUAAAUCAUAACAUAAUCAUAUUUACUACAAAUCAACUGUUUUGAAGGCUGUAUAAGUCUGUUUGUUGUAGAAAAGUUUAAAAUUCACAUCUGGUUUCAAGUGACACCUUGGAAAAUCAUAAAUGUGAGAGGUUAUAAGCACAUUUCAAAACCACUAUUUCAGAAGCUAAAUGAGAAUAUCCCAUGCAUCUUUUCUAUAGGCCUUAUUAUCAAAGCACCAUGAUACGAUAGUGAAUUCUGCCCUUUUCCCAAUACAUUGUCAAGUGAAAAUUUGUACUUGUAAGGAAUUAUUUUUGUGACCUGCGGUUUUGCAGCAAACAUUUCCUUGCUUUGUAGUAGCGCAGUAUAUAUUUCCGCUCUGGUUUUCCUUGGCAGUUAUAUUUUGGAAAGGCAUUUGAAAAACAGCACAAUGAUUGGGGCAAACAGAGAUCCAAUUUUUCUUCAGUAGCAACUGUGUAAACAUUUAUUCUUUUGAAAAAGUAAUUUCCGAAGUCCGAAAGUUGAUAUUUGUGUAUGAUGAAAUUGACACCAGUGUAAUUUGUUUGAAAGAACCAAUGGGUAAACUGUUUGUAUACACUGUAGAAAAACAUGGUAAACAUGUAUUGCCAACUUGUAUUCUGAGAAGGAACGUGACACUACUAGCCUUUUCUGUUAUUAAUUGACUAUGCUAGAGGCUGUAAUGUGUAUGCCAGCUAAAGCUGAUCAUUAGACUUCAGCCAGUAUGUUUUUAUCUCAGGUCAGUUUAGGAUCUUCGUUUCACUAUUUUUCAAUGUUAUAUAUGAAUUGUGUGUAGAAUAAUUUUGCAUUGUGAAUGUACACAUACCAAGGCCUUUAUGCCGUGGCAAUUUCUGUAGAAACUUUGUCUGUGCCUGUAUAUGUAUUUUUCAUUGAUUUCUGCUUUAGUCCUUGUUUGUUUGGAAAUGUUGUUUAUUUCCUGCCACACAGAACUCAUAACAAUAUUUGUGCAAGAAAUAAAUAUGACUCGUAUUUAGAGUAAAUAGUAUUAAUACUGUUUAACUUGUUCAAUAUGUCUGAACAUAUUUUUUUUAAUAUGAUAAAUGUUUUCUAAAACUCA